GGCGGGCCGGCUCCGUCAUAUGACCGGCCGGCGACCGCGGCGCCGCACCUUCCGUCCGCUGCAGCGGUCCCGCGUUCGCGCCCCUCCGGCCGGCCGCGCCCCCGUCGCCAUGGCCCCGCCGCGGCCGCCGUGGGCUGCGCGCUGAGCCGCCGGGUCCCCGAGCGUGGCCGCCCGGGCCGCCGCGUGCACGCCAUGGCCCCGACCCUGCUCCAGAAGCUCUUCAACAAAAGGGGCGGCGGUACCGCGGCCGCCCAGGCCCGGCCGCCCAAGGAGGAGCCUGCCUUCAGUUGGUCAUGUUCAGAGUUUGAUGUGAGUGACAUCCGCCUGAUAGUGUACCAGGACUGUGAGAGGAGAGGAAGACAAGUCAUGUUUGAUUCCAGAGCCGUUCAGAAGAUGGAAGGGGCAGCAGUUCAGAAAGCAGAGGAUGUCCCUGUUAAAAUGUCAGCCAGGUGCUGUCAAGAAAGCAGGAGUGUCAGCAGCACCAUCAGCAGCAUCAGCAGCAGCAUCUCUUCCCAUAGCUCUGGGGGAUCCUUACAGCACUCUAAGGAGCAGCUUCCAAAGUACCAAUACACGAGACCCGCUUCCGAUGUCAACAUGCUGGGGGAAAUGAUGUUCGGCUCUGUUGCAAUGAGUUACAAAGGUUCCACCCUGAAGAUACACUACAUACGUUCUCCUCCGCAACUGAUGAUUAGUAAAGUCUUUUCUGCUAGAAUGGGUAGCUUCUGUGGAAGUACAAAUAACCUGCAGGACAGCUUCGAAUACAUCAACCAAGACCCUCAGGUUGGAAAACUGAACACAAAUCAGAACAGUUUGGGUCCUUGUCGCACUGGAAGUAACCUAGCACACAGCACGCCAGUUGAUAUGCCAAGCAGAGGGCAGAAUGAAGACAGGGACAGUGGCAUCGCUCGAUCAGCUUCUCUAAGUAGCCUUUUGAUCACACCCUUCCCGUCUCCAAGCUCCUCUACGUCCUCUUCCAGCAGCUAUCAGCGCCGCUGGCUUCGAAGUCAGACAACAAGUUUGGAAAAUGGCAUCUUUCCAAGGAGGUCAAAUGAUGAAGCAUUUAGCUUGGCUGACGAAACCUGUAGUUCUAAUCCAGCCAUAGUUAGAAGGAAGAAAAUUGCCAUCAGCAUCAUCUUUUCCUUGUGUGAGAGAGAAGCGGCACAGCAGAACUUCCAGGACUUCUUCUUCUCCCAUUUCCCCCUGUUUGAAUCUCACAUGAACAGGUUGAAGAGUGCCAUUGAAAAGGCCAUGAUCUCCUGUAGGAAGAUAGCAGAAUCGAGUCUCCGUGUCCAGUUUUAUGUGAGCCGUCUGAUGGAAGCGCUGGGAGAAUUCAGAGGAACUAUCUGGAACUUGUAUUCGGUUCCAAGGAUAGCUGAACCAGUAUGGCUUACCAUGAUGUCCAGCACGUUGGAAAAAAACCAGCUCUGCCAGCGCUUUCUCAAGGAGUUUAUACUUCUGAUUGAGCAAGUCAACAAAAACCAGUUUUUUGCUGCCUUGCUGACUGCGGUGUUAACCUAUCACUUGGCCUGGGUACCAACUGUCAUGCCUGUUGAUCACCCUCCGAUUAAAGCCUUCUCGGAGAAACGUACCUCUCAGUCAGUGAACAUGCUGGCCAAAACACAUCCAUAUAAUCCUCUCUGGGCACAGCUGGGUGAUCUUUAUGGAGCUAUAGGCUCUCCGGUGAGGCUGACCCGCACUGUGGUGAUUGGGAAGCAGAAGGAUUUGGUCCAGCGCAUCCUUUACGUUCUGACCUACUUUCUCCGUUGCUCUGAACUCCAAGAGAAUCAGCUGACCUGGAGUGGGAAUCAAAGUGAGGAUGACCAGGAUAUAAAUGGGAGCAAGAUUGUGACAGCGUUGGAAAAGGGAGAGGUGGAAGAGUCUGAGUAUGUGGUAGUUACAGUGAAAAACGAGCCUGCUCUUGUCCCGCCGAUCCUCCAAUCAGUGACAACAGAGAGAAGGAGCCCAGAGCCUGCUGGAGUAGUUGAGCUCCCGGAGGGCAUAAAUACCAGUCACACACCUGACAAAAACAGAUGCCAGAAACCAGAGCAGAAUUCUGAAGCCAGUAGUGUGGGGUUCCAGGGGGCAGAACCUGACAGUACGUGGACACCUCAAGGUGUAUUCUGUGAGGACAACCAGAAUGACCAAGAGGCACCCCAAGAUGGCUCUUCAAGACCUCCUAGCUGUGAUGUCCCCAGGGUAAGAGUAAGGAUGGACCCUCAAGCUGUCCAUGAGGAGCUGCACGGGGAGAUGCUAAAGAAAGCAGCUGAUAGGUCAGCAGCCUGGCCCUGCCCUGACAGACAUUGCCAGGAGGGUUCUCCUAUUGAAAAGGUUACAUUCCACAUUGGAAGCUCCAUCUCUCCAGAGUCUGACUUUGAAAGCCGCACCAAAAAAAUGGAGGACAGGUUAAAGACCUGUGGUCAAUUCCGUGGGACUAGUGCCUCUGCCAGGCCUAGCAUGGACACUGGCCUGACUCAAGACCAGCAGGGCUCUAGGUGUUCUUCCAAAGCUGACUUUCAAAGGGACCUCGCCCUUCCUCAGGACCAGUCCUCAGGGGGAGAAGGUGUCUCUGAGGGCAGAGGCCACCAAGCCAAUGUUAUGGCAUGUGCUGUGGGACAACUUAGUCAAGCUCAUGACCCCCUUGCACCUUCCAGCUUUGCAGCCGGCAGUGGCCAGAGACCACUGGAACAUACUGGAGACUUGCAAUCAAAAGGCAAGGAAAGACUUUCAUCACAGCCUGUAAGAACAUGUAGACAGCAGGGUGGCCUGCUGGGUGCUGCAGAUGUCCCCUAUGGGGACGCCAGUGGUAAGGCCUGCUUCAGGAUCGAAGGAGACAUUCCCAGGAAUGAAAGCUUGGAUAGUGCUCUUGGAGACAGUGAUGAUGAAGCAUGUGCUUUAGCCCUGCUAGAUCUGGGUCACAGUUGUGAGAGGACUGAAGAAGGGUCCUUGGAAGUGGAACUCCCUCUGCCAAGGUCUCAGAGCACCAGCAAGCCAAACGUUAGAAAUUUUGGCCGCUCCCUUCUGGCGGGUUACUGCGCUACGUAUAUGCCCGAUUUGGUGCUUCAUGGGAUCAGCAGCGAUGAGAAGCUGAAGCAGUGUCUGGCAGCUGAUCUGGCCCACACGGUGCAUCAUCCGGUGCUUGAUGAGCCCAUAGCGGAAGCCGUCUGUAUCAUUGCAGACACGGACAAGUGGACUGUCCAGGUGGCCACCAGUCAGAGGAAAGUGAUGGACACCGUGAAGCUGGGCCAGGAUGUCUUGGUCUCUAACCAGGUGUCCUGUUUACUUCAGUCCAUUUUACAGCUCUAUAAGCUUCACCUGCCUGCUGACUUUUGCAUCAUGCAUCUGGAAGACAGACUACAGGAGAUGUACCUUAAAAGUAAAAUGCUUUCAGAGUAUCUCCGGGGACACACACGUGUGCACGUGAAAGAACUGAGUGUGGUGCUGGGGAUUGAAUCCAACGACCUGCCUCUGCUGACGGCGAUCGCCAGUACUCAUUCUCCUUAUGUGGCACAGAUCCUCUUAUAACUGACUGAGGACUGGACAGUUCUUGGAAGAUGAGUCAGAAAGCAGUAAGCUCUCAGUGACAGCGAAGGCGUGAGAACACCUCAUCUGCAGGCUUGUGUUUCCUCGAUGCAGUGGCAAUUUGCGAUGGUUCACAAGUACUCUGAGCCUUUGUUUCCCAGGAAUCAAAAGGAGGUGACCUUUCUGGCGGGAAGGAAACGUCAGCACUACAGUCAAACUAAUAAGAUGCCCUCCUACUGUUGGGCAGAAUAUUGAGAGCUGGAGUAGGGGGUAACCAAUGAGUAGAACAUUCCAGUAAGAAAGUGUUUCCUGUUUAAGUGUGAGAGAGCAUGAACUGCUGCUCUGAGAACAAGCUGUGAGUCCUAGGUCGGAGCUCUCUUUACUGACGGUGACACAAAGAAAGCCACAUUGUGCCACUGUCUGCUCCGUGAAUUGUUUCACGUAGGAUGUGGAAGAGGGUUGCCUGUUGGGAAGAGGACUUUGUCACUUCUCAGAGUUUACUGUGGUUCCAGUGCAGUCACAGGCAGGUCUGGGAGGGACUGCUGGUGCAAUAAAUCCAAGAUUCAGUGUAGCACCCCUCUCGGCAGGUGCAGUCUAACACUGGGUAGUCAUCUUCAGCUUUAGUGUCUACAGCCUUCUCCACAAAAACCUCUACCAAAGUUGUUUCCAUGAGCUCAGGCGAGUUUCUGUGGCUGAGUUCUCCCAGCCCGAGCCUCUCUCUCCCCUGCUGUCCGGAAGAUGCCUGGCUAUGCUGGAAGGUGCAGAUGCUCGCUGGGAUGUGAACCCUGAAGGAGCUCAGACAAGGGACAGCAGGAAGGCAGGCAGGAUCAUUUGUGAUCUCAGCUUUUACACAGUCAGUUCUGCACUUUUUAAUGCCUUCAAUAUUCUUUUAAGAACAUCUUUCCAGAAAUUGACCUGACCAUUUAUAAAACUUACCAAGGUGAAGAACUGUAAAAGCUCAAUUGGUAUUUAAGCCUCAAGAACCUUAGUCUGUUAAAAGACUUUAAAAACGGAAAAAAUGUGAUGUUUAAAGGACAGGAGCCAGACGGGUCAAGUCAAACCCUGUUGGCUCCUCAGUCCUUCCUUCUCACGUGCCCUAGAAUGUUGGGAUAGCAUCUAGGGGCUCAAGUGACUUCAGAGUUUAUAUUGGAUAAAAGCCUGGCCCAUGGCAUGUUAGUCGCCCUUCAUUACAAACACCAUGUGCUCCCAUCUACUGAGGACAAAUGUCUACAUCAUCUCUUAGUCGGCCUUCCUUCCUCUCUCCCUCCUCUGCUGCUUCCCCCUCUACCUCCCCCCCCUUCCCCUCUGGUUCUGCCCUUCUCUCACUUUUUGUGAUUUGGUAAAAAUAGAUGAUGCCUCAAGGCACUUAAGAUCUUUAAUUUGCCUUUUAUGUAUUUCACAAAAUUGAGGUGUCCCAUCCUUCUAAAUAUCUUUCCAUUUUCCAUUAGCUGACAUUUGAGUUGCUGUUUUCAAUUUGUUGGCUUCCUGAUGUCGUCAUUUGCCAUGAAUCCCACCUUUGGCUCAGCUCUCUGGGCACUUGUCUUCCUUGGUGUGCAUGAGCUGUCAAAGCAGAUGUCAGCACAGCCUUCUACCCUUGCCAGUGCAGAGCACUCCCGCUCUUCUCCCGGCCUCUCUCAUUUACAUGUGGACAGUGCCUCUAUCCCCAUCUUCAGAGGUUUCAGAGAAAACAACUUGUACAAAAUCAGUUCACUUCUCACAACAUGUUGACAGCCAGACUCGAGAAUUGAGCUGUCAGCAGGUUGAUUCUCAUCCUCAUGCAUAAAAACUUAGCCCAGUUCUUCAAAUCCUGAAAAACUUAAACCUGCCUCUUCCUCUAAUGUUCCAAAUUUCAGAAAAGCAGCCGGUGGGAAGCUCUGGGCGUCAGUGCCCUCAGCUUCCUCUCACUGCAGCAGAGAAGGGCACACUGCUCUUCUCCUGACUCCGAAGGUGUGGGAUGUCCACAUUUUCUUUGUCUUAAAUUCAGCUUUGGCUCAGAAGUAGAAAAACAACAAAGCAUCUCAUGGACUUCCGUUGAGACACACCCACAUCCUGCACCAUGAUGGCUUUCUUUUGUCACAGCAGAAGAGUCCAAAAAGGGACUCCACCUUCUCCUAGGCCCAACUCAAGGGAAAAAAAAAAACUUUUUUUUUAAUGUUUAAGUAAAGAAAUCUACCUCAGUUGACAGGAUUCCACCCACCCUUAGGAUUCUUCAGCUCGUAAGUCUAACCUGCUGAGUGUCACUCUGGCAGCGCCCUGCUUUUUGGACUGAGCAGGCUAGUGAGGCACAGCAGAGCGGAAGUAUGUAAGCAUUACUGUGAUGACCUCUUUCUAGCAUGUUGCAGUUUUAUAUUUGAUAAGUUGAUAAGUGAUAUGAAUGUAUAGGUAGUUGUGUAUGUUUUAAAAAUGACAAUGAAAAUUGAAAAUGUAGCUUCCAUACUUGUGUAUAAUCCCAAAGUAUCUUAUUUUAUCAGUGUUAAAUAGCUUUUGGACAGCUUCAGUCCAUUUUUCAGAGGUGUGCUGUUUUAUAUGGAAAGGAACUUGUCUUCUCACAUCUCAUGGAGCUGCCGUUUACACAUCACAACUUUUUAGCUUACUGUAUUUUUUCAGAAUUAACUUUUUUGGAGGGAGGAAAUUCCCCACUUGCUAAACGAUACUAAAUUGUUGUCUGAGCUUUUAAAAUCAGGUCUUCAGAUUUUAUAAACUAGUCUGUAGCUUUUUAGGUUCUUCAUUAGUUGGAUGUACAUAAAGGAAUAAAAUGACUUUCAAAUUGCUUUAAAUGUCUGGAGUUUUUUCCACUGAUGCACACUUGGGGAUGUUGAGUUCACUCAUACUUUCAUCAUUAACUGAAAAGGUCCAUAGCUUCUUUUAAUGUGAAUCAGUGUUUUGGAUUUUUUUUUUUUUAAAUAUUGUGCUUGGUGGAAAGGAUAUUUUAAUACAUUUUUUGGGGGGGGGCCUAAAGCAGCCUCUCUGAAUGUUAAUUUUUAAAAUGUUAAAAUUUGGUGAAUAUCUGAAACAUGUGUUUGCAUUAUGUUUAAAUUUCAGUGUUUUAAAAAGGAGAAAAUUCUGGGAUGUAUUAUUAUUGAACUUCAAUUAAGAGAAAUUGAUAGGACUGUUUUUUUAAAUCAGUUGAAUGAAUACCUGUGUUGUUGUGUGAAAAGUUUUUCCUAAAACUGCGUCUACGUAUUAUUUUAAUCCAUUUUUCUGUGACAUUUGGUGCAAUAAACUUUUUGAAUUUAUCUUGCAUAUUU